AUGGUUUUUGCAGCAACCAACUCCGGCAACACAAGAAGCAACCUUGGCUGCACUGAAUGUGGCAAAACGGGUCACACCCGUGAUCGAUGUUGGAGGAUUAUUGGGUACCCACCUGGUCGCGAUCAACGUUCCAAGCCGCGCCCUUCACUUGUCGGCAAGCCACCGCCAGGAUUAACUCCAAUAGCAAAUCAGGCCUCUCUCUCCUCAAACCCAUCGCCGGUACCAGGAUUAACACCGAAACUCUACCAAAAAAUUGCUGGACUUGCUCACCCCGACACCCACUCCUUCCAAUCUCGUCGGUAA